AUGAUAGUGCACCACGUCAAGAGACAUCUUUGCCAAUCUUGCUGCCAGAGUUCAACAUCCAGACUUUUGAAACAGGCUCUACAAGUGAUGUUGAUUGCCCCCCUUCUGCUGUUGGACUCCCAGUACAAGUCUCCUCCAUCUGUCCGUACGAACCAGAACAAAACUCAAGACUUCCGAUAAUGGUCUCACUGAAGAUGACCACCCCACAACAAAGAGUCGGCCAACACGAAAACCCGGCAUUCAACCGAGGGGACAGAUCACAGACUCGACCUAAGAUGGCGGCCCCUAACAACACUCUACCAAAGGUCGCAGGCCCUGACAACACUCUACCAAUUGUCACAGCACUUGACAACACUCCUGACAGAGUUCUACAUCAUGAUAAAGAAACGCCCCCGAAAGAAAAGCCACGAGCUUCAGACAACACUCCGGACAGGGUUUUACAUCUUAAGGAAGAAACGUCACCGGAAAUAAUUCCAAGAGCUUCCCAGGUUGCAAACAAGAGAUGCAACUGUAAGUCAGCACUCAGUUCAACAUCCCCAGACAAAGCCACGCGCCCGAAAGCCCUCGCGACCGCCAGACAGAGAGAGGAUGUGAGGAGAUCGGUAAGCCUGGAUGAGUCCACUCACUCUGAACCUCACUCUCUGUGCUCCAACCUGCCAGAUUCAGUCAGCUGUCCUGGCCUCGAUGAGAUGAUAAGCGGAAAAAGUGUCACCAGAAAAGAGCCGCAGGCUCCUAGAGUUUCAACUCCAAGAGAGGGAAGGUGUGAAGAAAGGCGGUUGCCAAGUGAUCACCAUGACAACACAGGACGGAAAGCACAGCCUGGAUUAUUUGGAAGUAUGGAGACGAUAACUGAAGACACUGCACACAUUGUGAAGAAGAAAACGCCGGUUGGAAACCAAAAUGGAAGGACGAGUCUGAAUGUGGAAGCUCUGAGCUUAGGUGGAAACAAGGUGGCCACCACAAUAGUGCAGAUGAUAAAGAAACAGCUGGUUGACAAGACACAUUUUGACCUCCCAUAUUCCAAGUUCUCCGCCUUGUGCCUAAGGCUCUACAAUACUGGCAGCAACUGGAAAAUCCUGGCUGGAAAACUUGGACUCACGGUUGAAGACGUCUUGCUGAUUGACAACUGCAGCGCCCAACACGGCCUGCUCGCUGCGGAAAUUGUCCUGCGACACUGGCAGAGAACAGCUGGUCAGGAUGGCACAGCUCCCUGUAACCUGCACAACCUACAGGGCAUUCUGGUAGACAUGGGGAGGGAAGAUCUGGUGGAAAUGUUAACAAACUAAAUUCUAAAAAUUUCAUACACACCUUUCACAGUUUCCAUUAGCUGCUAGGAGAUAUGGGCAAGCCUGAUGAAGUCCAGCCUUGUAAGCUUUGGGGAGGAAAGAUCUAGUGGAAAUGUUAACCAACUAAAUCUUUAAAACUUUGCACCUUUUCACAGAUCCCAUGGCCUACUCAGUAGUCUUGGUAGGUGCACUUUCAGAAUCCACACUGCAAAAUGGGCCAUCCUGUGCUGGCUAACAACUGACACAGAGUCAUGUGCAGGGCUGUUUCCAGUUGCCCCACUAAGUUAGCUUGUUGUGACAAAAAUUUCACCCCAUCCAUCCCCCAAAAUUGGAACUUCACUACAUGAAAAUAUAUGUCCAGCAGUUCUAGAAAGAAAAAUUAGAAUCUACCAAAACUAUGUAUUAACAUUGGCUCCUAAACUUGAAAUAAAACAAAUCUUCCCUGUUCCUUAACAACAAUUUAACCAUUAAUUGUUCCUUCCAAGGCCAGCGGUAGAGAAACUGCCAAUACAGUAGUCCAUGCCCAUUGACCUCAAAAAGCUAGAAUGAGGUUUUAACAUCUUGCCAAGUUCAAAGAAAAGCAAACCACUGCCUACAAAAUUAUCAUAUUCUUAUGUAUACGUUUUAGACAAUCAGAAUGAAUCACAUUUUAGAGGUGUAUCAAAAUAGGAAUUAUAUAACGUUUAAAGACUCUAGUUUAAAAAAAAACAAUUAUUCAGAUCACUCUAGUAGGUUUGUAAGUAGGGAAAAGGGUAAUUUGUAUGUAGGAAAACGGGUAAU